CACUUCUCUCCUCUGAUCAUCUGAGCUCAGAUUAAACCAGCAGUAAAGAACUGUUCCUCUAUAAACAAAGCUAUUUCUGGAGAGGGAGAGGGAGUUGGGUAAGGAGAGAAGAAGAGUGUGUGUGUGUGUGUGUGUGUGUGUAUGGGAAGAAGAGAGUAUGGAGGAGGAGGAAUGCCGGGGUGGCUGGGCGGACUGGUGGAGGAGAGCUUCUUUGUGGGCUGUGGACUCCACGAGGGCCGGAGGAAGAACGAGAAGAACAUCUUCUGCCUCGGCUGCUGCACCAGCAUUUGCCCCCACUGCGCACCCGCCCACCCUUCCCACCCCCUCCUCCAGGUGCGGCGAUACGUUUACAACGAUGUGGUUCGACUGGAUGAUCUGGAGAAGCUCAUAGACUGCUCUUUUGUUCAGCCUUACACCAUCAACAGUGCCAAAGCGGUGUUCCUGAAGCCAAGACCUCAAUCCAGGCCUCCCAAGGUCUCUGGCAACAUCUGCUUGACCUGUGACAGAAUCCUCCAAGACGGCUUCCACUUCUGCUCCCUCUCCUGCAAGGUGGAUCACAUUAUGUUGCGAGGGGAGGAUUUAUCGAGCAUACUGUUCCGGUUCGACGAGUCCGACUUCACCGUCUCCCACUUUGAGUGUCUUCGGGUGGACGGUACCGAUCCACUCGAUGAAGACAGAAACAGCCCAGGAGGAGGAGGAGGAGGAGGAAGAACGAAGCACAAGAGUGGCGGUGGCUUCUUCCCACAGAUGGUCUUGUCUUUGAGCAACAGGAGGAAGGGAGCUCCUCGUAGAUCUCCUAUGUCUUAGUGAGUCUCAUGUCAUGCCAUAGCAUUCAUUGGGCAGUAGAGCAGUGUGUUUACUGGUUUGUGGAGGGGACUGAGGACUUCCAUUGCUGACAAGGUGGGCACGUCGGCCACCGAUUUUGUACUAUGGUAAUGGUUAUCUAUGUGAUACCUAUG